UGUUUUAAUCGCGCGAAUCCGCUGAGGCGAAAGCCAGCGCCGGUUUUGGAGUCCGGCAUCGAUUUUAGUUUUUUUUAUUUCCCCUCAGAAUUUUUUUUCUUAAAAUUAAUCUCCCGGUUACAACAACGACGACGACGCCGCCGCCGCAGAGCAAGGUGCCGGCGACGUUUGAAACGGAGGUGAGCAUCCAACAAAAAUCGACUUAAAGACGAGUGAUUAUUUUUUUUUCCCGUCCACUAGCAAAUGUUGUUGUUGUUUGCGCGCGGAAGGAGACGCCGAGGCGCGCCGAGGUUUGAGCGGAGACGGCGGUGAGGCGGCCGCGUCGGCGGAGGGAUACGGCGCGGUGCGCUGGCCGCUACGCCGAGCUGCCCCGAGGUGCUGCUGCUACUCGCUACUAACAGCACUUGCCUCUGCAGUCUGUUACAGGCUACACGGGGGAUCUUUGUCUGUGUUCAUCUCCAUCGUCUUCAUCUUGGCAUUCCUCGCAUUGCACCUCCACAUUCCUUCCCUCUGAGGGCGAUGCGCGACUCCCCGCGUGGUGCUGGUGCCAGGUUGGUGUGGGGGUCCCCUUCGCCCGCCCCCCCCCACGCCAUCAGCACCCUGGAGGCCGCCCCCCCCCGCGGGGGCAAGGGGGGGGGCGGCCCCUCCUCGCUGCUCCCCUGGACCGUGGAGACGCUCGGCGAUGCCUCGCACACCUUCCUGCUGCAGAAGGGAGCGAACGGAGGGACUCUGCUCGACUCGGUGUGGCAGCUGCUGCGCGUUGUGGAGAGCGACUACUUUGGCCUGGAGUUUGAAGAUCACCGCGGAAAUCAGGUGUGGCUGGACGCCAGGAAGAGGAUCACCAAGCAAGUGAGAAAACCCUCCAUGGUGACGUUCAAGAUGAGCGUGAAGUUUUUCCCUCCAGACCCUGGACAGCUGUUUUAUGAAUUCACGAGGUAUUUGUUUGUGCUGCAGGUGAGGCGAGAUCUUUCUCACGGCCGCCUGCCCUGCAGCGACACCUCUAGGGCCCUGCUGCUCUCUUACCUGCUGCAGGCGGAGGUGGGCGACGUCACGGAGAGCUCGGCACGCCACUUCCUGCGCACCGAGGGGCCGAUGGCGUCCAUCGCCCCCCUUGUGGAGGCCUCGGCCCUGCACAUGCACCAGCAGCACCGUGGACAGAGCCCCGGGCAGGCCGAGCUGCACCUGCUGGACGUGGCAAGGAAGUUGGAGUGGUUCGGCCUGCACCUGGUCCCCACCAAGGCGAGGGACGGCACCCCCCUCCACCUCGCCCCCACGCACUCGGGCAUCGCCGCCUACAGGGGCAGCACGAAGCUGAAUUUGUGUUCCUGGGCCAAGAUCCGCAAGCUGAGCUUCAAGAGAGACCGCUUCUUCCUGAAGCUGCACGCAGAGGCUUACGAGUUUGAGCCGCCGUGGUGCUGCGUGGACACGCUCGAGUUCACGAUGCCCGACCGUGACGCCUGCAAGCGCCUGUGGAAGCGCUGCGUGGAGACGCACGCCUUCUUCCGCUCGACGCCUCCCGCCUCCUCCUCCACCGCCUCAGCCGCCACCGCCGCCUCCGCCGCCUCCUCCUCCUCCACCGCCUCAGCCGCCACCGCCGCCUCCGCCGUGUCCCCACGCGCCCGCCGGCAUCGUGCGGCGCUCUUCGUCCGCGGCUCGGCGUUCCGCUACAGCGGGCGGACACAGCAGCAGUUGAUAGAACAUGUCAAGCAGAAUGGGCUCAAGCAGACUGCCUUCACCAGAAAACGUCACCUCCCUCCUCGACGCAGCGUCUCAGCCCAGGCGACGCAGCUGCGCCUGCCGUUGACCGCGCAGAGUUCAAGCUUCUCGUACGGGGCGCUUCUCCUCUCCUCGCCGCAUCUCCACUCGUGCGACGUCGCCGCCGGCGACGCCGGCUCCGGCGACGCCGGCGCCGGCGACGCCGGCUCCCGGCCCGAGUCGCCGUCGUCGCCGGCUCUCGCCUCCUCGCCGCACAGCCCCCCUCACCGUCAACAUCCUCGCCAGCUGCCCCACCACCACCACCACCACCUGCAGCAGCAGCAGCAACAGCAGCAGCAACCACAACAACCACAACGACAACCACAACAACAACAACAACCACGACAACAACCACAACAACAGCGCGAACAUUGCCCGCACCGGCACGGCACCGCGGGGCGGCUGACGCCGGGCGACGCUGACGAGGUGGACGAUGGCGCGAGGAGGAGGGGCAGCGGCGCCCUCCGCGCGUCGCCAUCGUCGGUCUCCACCACCUCCUCCUCCUCCUCCUCGUCAUCGUCGUCGUCCGCCGGGGUUCCGUCACCGGCCGGGAGAGCGGGACGCUGGCCGGUGGCCGUGUCUCCGCCACGUGUCUCCGCCGCGUCCCCCUGGCGCCCGGACGACGUCUCCGCGUCGCCGUCGCCCCCGUCGCUCUCGCCGUGCCUCAGCGACGUGAGCGGCUGCAGCUCCCGCACGGACGAGGACGCCGGAGGCGUCGGUAGCGGGGGCCAUCGCAAGCGUGUGCCGGCAGACCGGGCCUACUUCAUCACCAAGGAGCUUCUGGCCACGGAGCGGACCUACCAGCGGGACCUGGCAGCCAUUGUCACGUGUCUGGGUGGAGGAGGUGGAGGUGGAGUGACGGACAGUGGAGCGAGUGCUGCUGCUGCUGCCCAGCCGCCACCGCCGCUGCUGUCCGCCAUCGCUACUCUGCAGCUGCUCCACGAGGCCUUCCUGCGCCGCGUGGAGCAGCGGAUGGCGCUCUGGGAAGGGAGGUCCAAUGCCCACCUCAAAGGAGACUUCCAAAGAAUUGGAGACAUCCUCGUCCACUUCAUUCAAACCCUGAAGGCCCAGCUGCCCCUGCUGCUCUCUCUGGAGUCCCUGCAGGGGGAGCUGCCGCCGCUGCCGCCCUCCUCCCCCCACGCCUCCCCGCCGCUGUGCCUCCCGUCGGGCGGCGGUCUCCUCGCGAAGGCCCUGCAGCGGCCGCCUCACUACGGGCUGUUGCUUGCCCGCCUGUGCGCCCACUACCCGGACGAGCACCCGGACCGCGGAGACUGCGCCGCCGCGCUGCAGGAGGUGUCGCGCAUCACCGACGUUACGCAGGAGGUGGCGGCUCGCAUGGAGAAUGCGGAGAAGCUGGCCGCACUGGGUCGCGACGUCGUGGGGAUCGGCAAGCUGAGCACUCCUGGCAAGGUGUUUGUGCGUGAGGGUCGACUCUUGAAGCUCACGCGCUCGGGGCCCCAGCAGCGCAUGUUCUUCCUGUUCCUGGACGCCCUCAUCUACACGCGCCGGGACCUCACUGCCCACAACCAGUUCCCCGUGGCCGGACGCAUUCCCCUGCACGGCAUGAUCCUCAUCGUUUUGGAGCCACCGGAGGGAGACACCCCCGUGGUAGUCUCCAACUGCUUCACCAUCUUCUCGGCUCACAAGUCCAUGGUGCUGUCUGCCAGUUCUCCCCAGGAGAUGGAGGCUUGGCUCUCGGACCUGGACCAGGCGAUUUGUCACGCGAAGAGGAGUGGUGGAGGAGGAGGAGGAGGAGGUGGAGGAGGUGGAGGAGGUGGAGAGGGGAUUGUGAUGGAGAGUGAACUUCCUGCUGCGACAGAGCCGAGACCCAACUCCCUGACCCACGUCUGCUGGCUGCGGGGUCACAGUCUCUCCCUCUGCGACAACCUCAUCAUGGCCAAGAGCCAGCUGUCUGGUUACCUGCUACGCAAGUUCAAGAUGAGCAGAGGGUGGCAGAAGCUUUGGGUCGUCUUCUCCAACUUCUGUCUCUACUUCUACAAGAACCAUCAGGAGGACGCCCCGCUAGCGAGCCUGCCCCUGCUGGGCUACUCGGUGUCUGCGGUGGAGGACGUCGCCGACGCCGACGGCGACACCGGCGACACCGGCGGCGGCGCCGGCGAGGGGGCGGAGACGGCGGUGCAGCGGGAGGGCGACGACGGCGGGAGAUGCGACUUCGUCUUCCGCCUGCGUCUGCGGGCUCACAGCUAUCUGUUCCGCGCCGAGGGCCAGUUCACCUUUCAGAGGUGGUUGGAAGUCCUGUCCAUCUGCAGAGGCCCCACUCGGAGCAGUCUGUGGGACUCACCCCAAGAUUGACAACCACGACAACACCUACACCUGAGCGUGGUUCACAAUGGCCGUGUCGGAGACGCUGAGACACCACGGCUGAGAGCCUGGGUUAGAGCCCUGGGUCUGGGUGUCUCUC